UGACCAACAGAAGAAAUGUCACUGCAUACGAUUUCAACAGUCAACAUUUCUCUGAUUCAGCCUGGAUUUUCAUUACUGAAUUUUAAUGGUGACAUAUUUUUAUUUGGACAGAAAGGCUGGCCAAAGAGGUCUUGUCCAACUGGAGUGUUUCUCCUACAUUUCAAGCAACAGGAGAUGAAACUACGACCUGUUUCAUUUUGUAAUGAUUCCAGAUAUCUACCUCCACUUCGAUCACCUGCUAUAUGUAGCCUUAUAGAUUCAGAUUCUGAAAAACACCAAUACCUGUUACAUGGUGGGAAAACUCCAAACAGUGAUCUGUCUGACAAGUUAUAUAUUAUAAAACUAGUGUCUAAAGGUGUUAAUAAGAAAACAACUCUUUCAUGUAUUGAGAAAGAACUUGUAGGUGACAUUCCUGAAGCAAGGUAUGGCCACAGUAUUAGUAUGGUUUAUAGCAGAGGAAAAUGUAUGGCUGUUAUUUUUGGUGGACGGCAUUACAUGCCUCCAGGGCAAAGAAUUACGGAAAGCUGGAACACUGCAGUGGACUGUUUUCCCCAGAUAUUCCUAAUUGAUCUUGAGUUUGGUUGUUGCAAAUCAUACAUUCUUCCAGAGCUUCAAGAUGGAAUUUCAUUCCAUGUUUCUAUUGCGAGAAAAGACACUGUUUAUUUCUUAGGUGGCUGUACACUUGGAAGUAACAGUCGUUCUCCUAAUUUGUAUAGAUUAAAAGUAGACCUACCACUGGGCAGUCCUGCAGUCAGCUGCACAGUGAUCCCUGGUGGUAUCUCUGUGUCCAGUGGUCUUGUGACACAGAUUAGCAGUGAUGAAUUUGUUAUUGUUGGUGGAUAUGAGUCUGAAAACCAAAAAAGGAUGAUGUGCAAUACAGUCAUUGUAGAUGACAACAAAAUAGAGAUUUUGCCAAGAGAAACCCCAGACUGGAGUACAGAGAUCAAACUUAGCAAAACAUGGUUUGGUAGCAAUAUGGGUGAUGGUGAAGUGCUAAUUGGAAUCCCAGGAGAUAACAAGCAUGCAACUACUGAUCCAUACUACUUCUACAUUAUAAAGUUCAAAGAAGAUGAGGAUCUCAUGCAGAACUGUAGUCAAGAAUCUACGGAAGAUCAGGAAGACUCCACAACCUUUGAAGAUUCUGAAGAGUUUUAUUUUAGCAAUGGGCUCAAUGAUUUUGAUAUUGAUGAUACCUACAAUGAAGAUGAUGAGGAUGAUGAAUCAGAAGCUGGUUACUGGAUUAAAUGUUGUGCUUCAUGUAAUGUUGAUAUCAACACAUGGGUGCCAUUAUAUACAACAGAGCUGAACAAGCCUGCUAUGAUUUAUUGUUCCAAAAGUGAGGGACACUGGGUCCAUGCUCGAUGCAUGGAUCUAUCAGAAAAUAUGUUAAUUCAGCUUUCUCAGGAUAACACAAAGUACUUCUGUGUUGACCAUGUGGAAUGGGCACUGGGACUGCAGACCCCAACGAAGCAACUUCCUGUAAAGAGAAUGCCAAUGAAACCUAUACACAAGAAGAUACCUAUCAGGAUCACACCACCAGUGAAGAAGUCUUUCUUAAGAAGGCUCUUUGAAUAAUUUAAUAGAAUGCCAUUUUGUCCUUUAUAGCAAGACAGAAAACAAACUGAAGUAAAGAUAUAGAGACUUAGAUGAUUCUUUUGCUUAUAGUAGUGGCUGCUAUAGUGCAUUCAUUACAGUGCUCCCCAACUGCAAAGUUGUUAUUACAAAUAUGUAAAUGGUCUUUUGAGUCCAUAAUCUGCAUAAUGAUAAUAACUGAAAUGUAAGUAUUAGGAACAUUCUGAAAAAAUAAUGCUUAUAAACAUGUCCAAUACACCACCGAUUUUUCACUUGCAUAUUUUCAUUUAUUCAAUUCCUGUGCUUUCUUUAUUGUCCAUAUUCAAGAGACAAUUUUUAUUCACUGUUAAACAAAACACUCCAUAAUUGUGCCAUUGGAUUUAUAACAGCAAUGCAGAGUGAUUUUAUAAGAAGCACUACAAGCAACCAGUUAAGAAUUUAUGUAUUGUAACCACUGAAAUUAUUUUCAUGAUGAAUAUUAUGAGAAGAA